GCGUUCUUUCGACUACUUUUACUGAAGUGGGUGUGGAGGAGGAGGCGGCUGUUACCCAUCUCUUUCGUGGCUUCGCAGAGAAGCAGAUCUAUAUGUCUCAGUUUGUGAUGGUAUCCUGUUGAUUCUCUGGCUUUAAAGUAAAAGCUCAAUGGUGUUGAAUAUGGCAUUGCAAAGCGAAGACCUUCUUAGCGAUGUGGAUCUAUUGGCUUCAUCCCAGCCUUGCUCUGCUCCUAAUUCCCCUCGAUGGCGUACACAUGACCAAAAAGGUACCAUCGACAUUAACCAGAAACCUCUGACUCAUUCCUGGCCUUCAAGUCCUUACUCCACUAUUAGAUCUUCUAAUGAAGUCAGCGCUCGUUUGCAUAUGUCCUUAAGAAACAGUAUAGAGACGGAGGGAAGAACAUGGUCUGGAAUAAGUGGAGACAAUGACAAUCUAGUGUUUGGAAAAAGAAAUGAGCAAUCUGCCAAAAGACAGGUCGCCUUUAAUACUGGAUCUCCUGAUUCAUCAUUAGGCUCUUCAGUUAAUUCCCCUUUGGAGUCAGAUCAUUAUAGUCCUAAGGAUAAAUGCUCACCUUGCUCUGUUGAACAGAAGCCUUUGGCACUGGAUUCAAGCGACAGUGAUUGCCAGCCAGUUUCUGUAGAACAUGCUGUGCCAUGUGCAUUAAAGCUCAGUAGAAACCAGUCAGACCCUAGAGUAAAUUCUGCCGGCAGGCACAAUUUUACAGAUAUCUUCUCUUCCAGCCAUUAUCUUUCACCAAGAAGCAUUGGAGCUUCUCUGUCUGAUAACUUCAACAUGUCCAGAUCAGACCUUAUUCAUUCAAGCCAUGACCAGGCUGGUGGUAGCAGUGAAAUGGAAACACUUGCACAAGAGAUGACAAGGAAUUUACAAACUGGAAUAGAAAUCAGUUCCAUCAACUCUAAGAAAGGGCCAAGACACAUUUCAGAUAUGGAGAAUAUUCGUUCACAUUUGCAGAACUUUAUGAAAACCUCUCUGGACAAGUCUACAAGGGACUCUCAUGGCUUAGCUUCUGCAUCUUUGCAUACAGCUGUGACUGAAGAGAAAAAGGAUGAUGAUUCUUUUGAUAGUGACAGCACUGGUGCUUUGCUGAAUGCUAAGCCAAUGCCAGAUAUUUUUCCACCUUUGACAGUAAAUGGCCUAGAAGAUCUCUUCCCUCGAUAUUCUCGAAUGCGUUUUCAAUGCUCUGCUGUUCCUGCAGAGAUUCAGAUAUUUAAGGACACAAUUGAAAAAGAAAGGACAAGGCGUAAGCAUUGUGAGAGACAAAUUCAGACUCUACAGAACAAAAUUCUUGAACUCCAACAACAGUUAGCCGUUGCUAUUUCUGCUGACAGGAAAAAAAACAUUAUGAUUGAACAGCUAGACAAAACUCUAGCCAGUGUUGUGGAGAGCUGGAAAAAGAACGAGUCCGAGAAGAGUGCUCUAAUUAAAAGACUGAAGGAGGAAAAUGAUGCUGCCAGCAAAAGUCGGGUCAACCAACAAGAGUUCAUACAACAGUGUGAAGAACGUCUGUUGAAAGAGCAGAAACAAGUAACACAGCUAGAGAAUGAUAAACAUCUAUUGGAGGGUAAACUUGCUGGUCUCUCAAGGCAGCUGGAGCUAAGUAACCUCAAAAUUCAAGACCUACAAAGGGAACGAGAUGAAGCUGUGAAUGUUAGCCAGCAGGAGCAGAAGAGAGCACAGACUGUGCUGGCAAAACUUGAAGAACAGAGGGAUACCUGGGGAAAAAGAGAAAGGGAGCUAGAAGAGCAUCUUAAGCAGCAAGAGUCUGAUCUCAAACAGCAGAUUGAAAAAGAGAAGACUAUUGCAGGCCAUGAGAUCCAGCGUGCCCAAAGUGCUCAUCAAGUCCUUCUAUCAGUGAAGACAGAAGUGCAGAAACUAGAAACUGAACUGGAAAAAGCUCAGCUAGCUCGGGACAACUUUCAGAUGGAGCUGAACCUUGCUGAGGCUCGUUUUGAAGCAGAGAGAUCUCAGAUGCAAGCUCAGUAUAAGGUAUCCUUGGAGCAGCAGCUGUCAGAAAGACUGGCACAGUUCCAUAAAGAGACUGCACAGCAAAGUGCCUCUAUUCAGGAGCAGCACAGAAAGCAGAUCUUGGAGCUAAGUGCACAUCAUGACAAUGAACUAACCAAGCAACUUGCUCAGUUCAAGUCUGAACUACAAGAACGAGAAGAGAGGCAGCACAGGCUUGUCGAGGAAUAUGAAAUCGGGCUGGCAAGGAGCCAAGAGGAGAUAUCUAGCUUACGUUCAACAGCCAAGAAACUAGAAUCCCAGAAAUCUGAAAUGGUGAACAGAUUACAAAGCAUGAUGCGUGCCCACUGGGAUGAGGCUCGUAGAGUUCUACUUUUGGAUAUCUCACCAAAGUCGCUACAAAAGAAGGAGGUGGAAAGUCAUAACAAGGACCAGCCCCUUUUGCUCCCAGAGAUGAAGAGAACAUUAACACACAAUCUUGCUGGACAGGUAGAUAAAAAUCAGGACCUCAUGACAAACAUAUGCCCCCCUUACUUAAAAUUUACCGAGGAAGAAAGAAAGAAACUUAUUUUCACUGGGAGUAUAAAUGGCUGUAAGGCUGUCCAGGAUGAAGAAAGUAAUAUUGUACCCCAAAAUUCUGAGCCUCAGUGGACAAAAGAGGACUGGGGCCUCGGUGAAAAUCAUCUGAAGAAAAUAUCAGGAUUGGCAGGGAUUAAAAAUGAGUACCAGACUUCGGACAAGCCCCAGAGAAGUCAGCAUUUGUUUUCUCAAGCAGUACCUUUGCAACCUGCCAUGCAGCUGAGUACUCAGAAAUCUUCUCUAACCAUACCUCAAGACUAUUUGGAGCCACCGUUAAGUGAUGCUUUCCAAAGAGCUCAGAUAUUACAUUCACAGCCCGAUAUCUGGAACAGUAAACUAGAGGUGGAAAAGCAGGCAAAACAGGUUACCUCUACUCCUCCAGAAAACUUUGCUCCUGUUAAUUCCACUUUUCACACUCUGUUGCCUUCAAACCUUGCUCUAGCAGACCUCAGUCAGUUUUUCAAUCACAGCUUAUUAAGUCAUCAGAGCUUUGUUGCUCUCCAGCCACAAUUGGAUGAAAGUACCAGAACAGAUCUAGCAGAACACCCCCUAUCUGAUAAUACAGAUGAAACAAGUGUGACCCCUUCUUGCAACAGUAGCAGAGAAUCGAGCGGCAAGCACCCUCUCUUGGAGCCAAUUGAGAAGAACAAAGAGCUUCAGCACUACAUUCAAAUGCUUUUAGGCCACUCUUCAGAUGAUCUUGAGGAAGCUGGACCCUGUGAUUCUGAAAGAGUCUCUGCUACUCAGACCAUACCUGCUAUUCAUCAGAGUGGUUCUUGCUCUCCCCUGAAAAAGAUCAACAGUUUGAUAGAUCACAAAAGGCAAUGCACAACAGACCACUCAGGCUCUGCAGGGGAGUCUACUGUGGAGUCAUCUUCUGUUAUGAAGAUAUCUCAGAGGAACCAGGAGUGGAAUCCAGCAUCCAGCACUACUAGGAAAGAGGAUGAAGUGCUAUCUUCCAAACAGAUCAGUGACAUCUCUCGUCUCCUAGAACUGUACCACAGUCGUCCAGAAAUGGUUCCCUCAUCUUUGUACAGCUUUCUGAAACCACCUGAUCAGAGCAGGUUAACACAUAAUUUGUCUAAUGCGUCUGAAAGUGCAGCAAGUACAUCUGCCCCCAGAAGUGGUAAUCCUAAAGAGAUUCCGGUUGUUAAGAAAGAGGUACUUUCACCACAGACUGCACACACUCAGCGUCGCUCAAUGACUGUCAAGCCAUGUAUCGAGAAGUGUCAGCCAAAACCUGGAAAGAAGACUGUAAACGCCAGUGUGCAAGGCAGCAAGUGUAGCAGGGGAUUGGUGUGGAAAUAGUGGCAGGCAGUAACAAAUGAACAGUUAUUCAGUUUAUUAAAUUGACUGAAUAAAGCAAUUUUUUGUAAGUAAAGCAAGUGUGCUGACUUGCAUGUAUCAUUAAUUGUCAAUGUGGCCAUAUUGUGCUGAAUUUUGAAAGCAUGUUCAACAAUCUUCUCCAUAACAUUAUGUUCAUAUUAGCUUGGACUUGGCUAUAAUAGUAAUUUUUGAUAAGGUUUCUAUCACAAAAACAGUUUUAUUAAAUCUUUACUCCUCGCUUUAAAAAGGCAUAGUCCCUUUUUCUGUGCAGUAACGAUGGUUUGAUGGUUUAGUUUUCUUCGUGAUUACAGACAAAGUAUCCUGUUUUUUUGUGCCACUGCUUUUUUCAGUAACCUAUGAAACAGGUGUUACUGACAUCUGUUGCAUUAAAGCAGCUAGAUAAAAACCUAGUAAAAUGAACCUUCUGUUUGGCUUAAGAAGCAUUGUGUCACUCAUUUGAAAACAUUUUUAAAUCAUCAUGUUUAAUGCUUUAUAACCAUCACAAGCUACUUUGAGCAUUGGACAUUUUCUGGUUGGGCUGGGAAACACAGAAAUGUACUGAAUCAUUUUAUUUUUGUUGCACUCUUCAAGCAAAUAUGGGAUUAGGGGACUCUUACUAAAAAUAAUCUGCACCUGCUGUCAUGUUGAUAAUCUCAAAGAAAAUCAUUAGACAGUAUUUUAUGUUUGCCAGUUCAUUAUAUAAUGCAUUUUUGAUCUUGUGUUCAUCAGAUUGCCACAGUUUUGGUCCAGAUAUAGUGCAGUAAUAUCAUUUAAGAUAACAUUUUGGCAAUUACAAAGGUAUUCCCUAAAGAUAGUUAUGAUCCAGUAUAAAUACAACUAUGGGCAUAUGACCACGUUUUCACCACUGUCAUUUUGCUACUUAGCAAUUUUAAGCAAUCCAGUUCUUUUUUUUUAAUGAAAAGGAAAACCAUUGUUUAAUAAUUAUCAGUAUUUGUCUGAAACAGCUCUUGAUGAUUUGUAACAAUAUAAAGUAUAAAAAAGAGACUUGCUCUCAUGGAACAAAGGUCCCUUGUUUAAUGAUGUGCCAAUUGGUUUAUUAAUGCUCAGUUUGUUUAUUUUGGAAAGAUUUAUGUGAAGUUUACCAUAAAUCAAUUACUAAUUCUGUUAAAGAGGUCUACCUAUAUUACGCUACUCUAUGUUUCUUUUACUUUGUCCUUUUAAAAACGUUUUCACUCUUGGGUCUGUUACUUGAAGCAGACAAAAUUAUGCAUUCCCAUACAUCAAGGUUAAAAGAACUAGCAAGCCCAGUUUUAUCCAACCCUGUCCUGCUUAGCAUUAUGUCCUGCGAUAUGCAGUAAUUGUUGGACAGAAACGUGUUACUAAAUUUAUGAAUAUAUACAUAAUAUAAUCAAACGGUGCUGUAGUACCCACAGUGCUCU